AUGCACCGGUGUUCGUUCAUGAUGGCGAAACCUAAGCAGUUGGUCUCUAAGCGCAACCGGUUCUAUGAACCGGAGACUAGCAGCAGCUCCGAUGACCAAGAUGCUGCCCCGCCCGUCACCAGAUCCAGGUCGUCGAACAAGGCCGACAAUAGGGCUCAGAAGUUCGCGAAUCAUGUGGUGGAAAAGGCGCGAGAGCCGGUGCCGGACGACUUGGUGGCCACUAUCGCCCGGAAUUAUGUGAAAUCAUCGUACAGCAACAUGAAGCUCAUGAAUCACCGCGGUGUCGGAUGUGAAGUGGAUAAGGACGACCUCAUGUCCAUAGAGGACGAUCAGUGGAUUACUGAUGGUGUGAUCGACUUCCACAACGUCGUGCUGUCCGAACUCCCCAAGGCGAGUAACCCAAACGCGAACAUGGAGUUUGUGGACAAGAUGCUGACAGAGGCGGACUGCAUCAUUCUACGGGAGGAUAAGCUGCCACAGCAGCCUAACAAGGAGGACUGUGGGAUUUUUGUUUGUCAGUACCUCAAGACCCUGGUGAAUACCGACUUCACCACGGUUUUGAACGGCCUCUGGUUCCAGGGUGUGACACCGCACCAAUACAGGCGGGAGAUGCGGCGCGACUUGUGUGCACACGCGCGUGGAGAUCUUAUUAAACAGCUGGAGGACCUGGGGAUUGAAAUCCCCCCGCAGGACGAAGGCCGGGUUACCGAUGAGGGGGCAGUGGUGCAGGAGAGGAACGCUGCUAUGGGAGAGGGGAGGCAAGCUCCGGUCACUCGCCCUGUGGAGGACGCACGGGUUACGGAGAUGAUGAGGCGACUGGCGACGUUGAAUAACGAUGUGAGGGACUUGGACGCCAGCUUCACCGUACUCGCCAACUUUGUAGGGCUGAGGCGGGACGAGGUGGUGACAGCUGCAACCCAACUACUGCUGCAUGGGGGUCACGCGGGGACCGGCGCGAAAGCAGAGGCGGGUGGCACCAAGAAUGCUCCACGCACUCCACAGCGUCCGUAUGCACGUAAGAGGCGGGAUGACAGCAGUCCUGAGGAGGAUGGCGUGCGCAAUGCCACCCGGGUUGCGCUGGCCUGCACGUUCGCUGCAUGUGAGCCGACAUCGACCUUGCUGCAGAACCCGCACCUUGCGCAUCGAACCAUACCUCACUGGAUGUUCACGCGCUGGAUGCACCUGCUCGGGGCGGGUGUGCCAGCUGGAGCUGACGUGUGGGGAGACACGCGAGGGAAGGAGAAGGUGAAGGCCGAAGAGGAGGAGGAUCUCGUGUCAGACACAGACGACGAGGAGGAUGAUGACGAAGCGUGUGCCUCCAGAUACACGGGUGUGAAGUUGGAUAAAGCAUCCGGCAAGUACGGCGUGAAGAUCCUGAUGAAGGAAGGUGGAAAGUGUAAGCAGCAGCGGCUGGGAGCGUACACCACGGAGGAAGAGGGGGCGUUCGCGUACGCCGCAGGUGCGUUCGUGCUGAGGCCACGUGACAAGAUACCCAACACGGUCAGCCUCACGGAAGUGGUGGAGGUGGAGGAGCUGGCGGGAGGCGCUGGAUAG